UCAGUGAUCCGUGUAUCCAUCGGCAUUCAUCUUUACCAUCACCAUGAAACAUAUUAUGAAGCACAGUUUCUCCUCACUUGGAUCCGUGAAAGGAGGUUGUCAUUCCUCUCCAAAACUUGCAAAUCACUACUCCUCAUCCCAUCACAAAGGAUCCAGUUUUUCUCAUCCUAAAUCAAAUUUCUCGCACAAGAAUCAUCAUGAAAGCUCCUACCCGUCCCAUCACGGAGGCACCCACCUUUCCAACCAUGGAUGCUCCUCUGUUCCCCUCUAUAAAGGUGCUCAUCUGUCCCACCAUGGAGGCUCCCAUCUGUCCCACCAUGGAGGCUCCCAUCUGUCCCACCAUGGAGGCUCCCAUCUCUCCUACCAUGGAGGCUCCCAUCUGUCCUACCAUGGAGGUUCCCAUCUGUCCCAUCAUGGAGGCUCCUACCGGUCCCAUCAUGAAAGGCCAAAACAGUCACAUCAUGGAAGCUCACGUGCGAUACACCACGGAGGACCAAAUCUGUCUCAUUAUGGAAGCUAUCACAGCACACAUGAAGGGUCAGGUUGUAAAAGUGUCUCCUUUUCUAAGCAUGCUCCUACCACUCACGGUGGUGUACAUGGGGGUCAUAGUGCUCACUUUAGCAGCUCUGGAUCCCAUGGCAGCUGGAAGAACAGUGGUCUGCUGAGCAUCAAUGAGAAAGAAACCAUGCAAGUUUUAAAUGAGCGAUUGUCUUCCUACCUGCAAAAGGUGAGCUCUCUAGAGCAAGAGAAUGCCCAGCUGGAGAGGAAGAUCUGUGAAUGGUAUGAAAACAACGCUCCUAGCACCUUCCCUGACUCCAGCCAGUUUUUCAGGAUCAUUUCCGAUCUCCAGAAUCAGAUCUCUGCAACUACCAUGGAAAAUGCCAGGAUAAUGUUGCAGAUAGACAACGCCAGAUUGGCCGCAGAUGACUUCAGAAACAAGUAUGAAAUGGAGCUUCAGUUGAGUAAUGGUGUUGAGGCAGAUGUGAAUAAUCUGCGCAGGGUUCUUGAAGGCCUGAACCGAGAGAGAUGUGAGCUGGAGAGGGAGGUUCAGAACCUUGAGGAAGAGCUGCAACAGAUGAAGAGAAACCAUGACGAGGAAGUAAACUGUCUACGUGCACAGCUGGGUGCGAGAGUUAACGUGGAACUCAACGCUGCCCCGUCCAUAGACCUCAACGGUGCUUUAUCUGAGAUCCGAGACGAAUAUGAAAAUCUGAUGGAGAGGAACCUGAGGGAAGUAGAGAAUAUGUUCCUGCAAAGGAGUGAAGAACUAAACCGCCAGGUGAUGUCAGGUGCACAGCAGCUGCAGUCCGUACAGACUGAGGCCAUUGAACUGAGACGCACUGUCCAGACCCUUGAGAUCGAGCUGCAGAGCCAGCUGAGCAUGACUUCAGCUCUGGAGAGCACCUUGGCAGAGACUCAAUCCACUUACGGCUCUAAGCUCGCCCAGAUACAAGGUAUGAUCGACAAUGUGGAAUCCCAGCUGGCACAGAUCCGAUCUGACCUGGAGAGACAGAACUAUGAAUAUAAGGUGCUCAUGGACCAGAAGACCCACCUGGAGAUGGAAAUCGCUACCUACAAACGUCUUCUUGAUGGACAUGACAUCCAACUUUCUGGACAUCACGCUUCAAGUGGAAACCAUGGAUCUCCAGAACAUGGACAACAUGAAACCAAGUGCUAGAUGAACAAUGGGGCAGCUUGUGCUAGACACGAAGAAACUAAAGAAGCAAAAUGUCCACUUAUCAUUAGCUGCCCAUUAGAUUAGUAUAUUAACAGUUAACCAUACUUAAUGCUUUAUCAGUCUUUUUCUCUUAAAAAAAACCUAUGAAAUGGUAUAUGGUAUGUGAUGAAUCUAAUGGUUUGUGGGAAGAACAUUUUAGAGACUUUCUCUCAUAAAUAUAUUACAAGGAAUAUAUUUUUAUACAAAGAAGUCUCUUUCGAAGGAACUGGUCACUGUUGUUGCAUGGUUACAUGAUUACUUACUAAUAUAUGAAAUAAGGAAAACAAUCAUUUACAAUGGUGUGUUGGUUUUUAGGCAGAUACCCCAAUCUACAUUAUUCACUCCAUGAAAUGAGAAAUAAAUUGUUCAUGGGUUAAAUUUACAGCAUUUAUUGCUUACAAACCAGUAGACACCAUGUUGUAUGUAUCUGUACUGCAAUGUGACAAUGUAACCCUUCACUUCCACUACAUGGAACCAUUAAGAAUGUUUGUGAUGAGAAUGUGGUUAACAUACAGUAAAUAUUCCUUUUUUGCUGUUGAAAUGGCUCUGAGAUUUACAGAGAUGGAUUUUGGACCGUGUUGUCAGCUUUUUCCUUUUUUUUUCUCAUCUAGUCAUUUUAUUUAUUGAAUGUCUUCUUAUUUAAUAAACACUUUUAACUUG